AACCACACACAUAAGAAGUACAACAACCAAGAAACAAAUCUAACACCAAGUUACGGCAAAACACAUGGCCUACAUCGCCACGGUUGGUGGAAGAAGCAUGACCAGCAGCGUGACCACAGUGGACUGUCAGAAACAAGUUCGAUCAUGGCGGCUCCUUCGUUCCCUCAUGGAACUUCUAAUCCCCACUUGCAAUAUUUGCACCUUCCAAGAAGAACAAAAUCAAGACGCCAAUGAAAAGCGUCUUCACAAACCAUCAACAAUGAUGGUUUCGGGAGAGGCUCUCAUGACCUCCACAACUAUCACCGGCACUCUUCUUGGAUCCCGCAAGGGAAAAGUCAGCUUCUGUAUCCAGGCCAACGCUAACUCUACCGACCCGAUUCUCUUCUUAGAGCUUUCGAUUCCAACGAGCGUUUUAGCGAAGGAAAUGAGAGGAGGGACGCUCAGGAUCGUGCUAGAGAGUGCUAGUACUACUACUACUUCUACUACUACUCUAUUUUCGACGCCUCUGUGGACCAUGUAUUGCAAUGGGAGAAGGGUUGGGUAUGCGGUUAACCGCAGGCCUUCAAAUGCUGACUUUGAAGCGUUGACCGUGAUGCGUUCCGUUGAUGUUGGUACUGGUGUAAUAAAUCAUGGCAAGGAAUUUCAUCAUGAAGAGAAUGAUCAGGAGCUUACGUACCUCAGAGCAAACUUUCAAAGGGUUCGUGGCGGCUCCUCCACCUCCAGUUCCUCCUCCCACUGUGAAUCGUUCCAUUUGAUUGAUCCUGAAGGAUUCAUUGGCCAAGAGCUUAGUAUUUUCUUUUUGAAAUGCAGAACAUCAAAUAGAAUAAGAUAAGUUGCAUACCUGUUGCAUAUGUCUUUAGAAGCUGCAUAGAUUCUUUAGUAAUUAAGCGACUGCAAGUGAUUAGGGUUAAUUCUCUGUAUCUCACAUUCUCUUUCACAGCUAUCAAUGAGGCGAGUUGUGGAGCUGUUAGUA